AUGUCUUCCAAAUCACUCGAAACCAUGGAGGUAUAUAUCCAAGAGAAGGCGGACGGCAGCGGUCCAUCCGCAUUCUUCGAGCAAGAACUGGCCACGGCGAUGGCCGUCACCCGCGUCUCCAAGGCCUCUACUGGACUUAUCCGCAGCCUUGGCGCUUUCUUUCAAUUUCUCAGCAGCUUGGGCAUUGUAACGGUCCCGUCAAGUGAAGAAGGACCCCCAGAGCUCUGGAAACACCAUCACGAAGAGCUCAGAGACAUGAUCAUGGAAAUCUACGAUUCAGCCGAUAGGGUGCUCGCCAUGGCCUUGCGAACCGAUAAAUACCUCUCUGCAGGAUCGCACGAGGCGCUCAUGACGCACAUCUAUGUUGUUCGCGAGGUCAUUGGCCAAGUCCUGCCUCGAGAGCUACACGACAGUCUAGUCGGCAAGGGGAAAAGGGUAGCCAAAUCUGAUUAG